AUGGGCUGUGGUUCAAGCAUGAAUGACCCAGAGGUCAAGGCUUUAUCUGAUCAGCUAAAAUCUUUCGUUAUCGAAAAAGAAAAGCUUCAGAAAGAAGUCAACGACAUCAAAAGCAGCCUAUCAAAGAAGUCCACUACCCAUGAUGAAAUCAAAGCAUUAGAGCACGAGAACAAGAAGCUAAAGCAUGAAAUUAAAGACCUUGAAAAAGACAUUAAAGAAGCAGACCAAGACUCCAACACCAAAAUUGCAGCCUUAGAAGCCAAAAUUAAAGAAGUAGAAGAGGAAUGGGAAAAGAAAAAAGCUGAGAGAAAUGACGUAAGCAAAAAGCUUACAGAAGUCAAUGGAGAAUCAGCCAAACUGAAUGAUGAAGUAAAAGCGUUGAAUUCUCAAAAGGCAGCUGAAGAGAAGAAAAUAGCUGGCUUGAAACAAACUUUGGAAGAAAAAUUAAAAAUAACCAAAGAUUGUGAAAGCUUGACAGAAAAGAUUGCGGGUCUCAAAGAAACAGUUGAGAAAAAGGAUUCUUUGAUUUCUGGCCUUGAAAAAGAGUUACUCUAUUUCUAAAAAAAUUCAUUUUAAUUGUAUAAUAGAGAUUUCUAUUAAAUCAUAAAAUCCAUAUUUAUCAUAGGAGUUAGCAGAAAACGAAACUGAGGGUACCGUUGAAGGAUAUGAGGCUGAAUUAGCUGAAGCUAAAAAAGUUAACUAUAAAAUAACAGAAGACACUUUAGCUCAAACUAAAUUCUUACAAGAAUGCAAAGCAGCUAACUAUGGUAAAGCUCUAGAAAACGCUAAGGACAAGCAAAGUGAGCUACUCAAGCAGCUUGAAAUAAAAAAAAGCGAAAGAGCUGCAUAUGAAAACCAAACUCGCAGCAAGCAAUCCCAAAUGGUAACCCUUCAAGAAACAUUAGAAUCUAGAAUUGCUAACUUAAACCCUAUCACAGAAGAAGACUUCAACCAGCAAAUUGCAGCUACUGAAAGUGUUAAUGCAGAAAUCCAGAAAGAAAUCCAAACCUUAGAAGCAACCAAAAAUGCUAACUCCCCCCUCCCUCUGUGAGCGUACAAAACUAUUAGAAAAAAAUCUCUAUUUUUUGCCGAAAACCCACUCUCCGUCAGCGAAUAAAAAUUUUUUUUAAUAGAAAAUUCUUUAUGGAAAAAAUUUUCUGAUAUAUAAGUGAUAAUUAUUAUAAUAAAUCUCGAAUUAAUUCUGUUUAAUUUUAAACAAAUUGCGUUUUAAAACAUAAAUUUUUUAAAUUAAAUUAAUAUUUGCUUUCAAAUUUUUGCGAAGUUGGAUUUUUUUAAAUUUCGAAAAAAAAUUAACCCCCCUCUGUGAGCUAACAAGAUUUUUUUGUUCGCUCACGGAGGGGGGAGUAAGAAAGAAGAAUUAAAGCAUAUAAUUGCUAAUGAUGACCAAAGCCAAGAAAAUGAAGUUGCCAGACAAAUUUCUGAUAAGGAAGCAGAAGUCCAUACCCUUGAAGCUGAUUGGAAAAAGAGAAUUGCAGAUAUGAAGGAAACGAUUCAGAGCUUAAGCAAUGAAAGGAGAUCACUUAAAGAAGAAAUUCACAAACUCCAUGAAGAACAUCAUGAAGUGGAGAAAAAGAUUAAAAAGGCCAAAAAGCAUCACCAUCAUUAA